AUGCAGAUCUUCGUGAAGACGUUGACAGGCAAGACGAUCACCCUGGAUGUGGAAGCCAGUGACACCAUCGAUAAUGUCAAGGCGAAGAUCCAAGAUAAAGAGGGCAUCCCUCCGGACCAGCAGCGCCUGAUCUUCGCAGGGAAGCAGCUGGAGGACGGGCGCACGCUCUCGGACUACAACAUCCAGAAGGAGUCCACGCUUCACUGGUGCUGCGCCUGCGCGGUGGAUGCAGAUCUUCGUGAAGACGCUGACAGGCAAGACGAUCACCCUGGAUGUGGAGGCCAGGACACCAUCGAUAAAUGUCAAGGCGAAAAUCCAGGAUAA